AUGAAGCUAGCUCUCCUCAUCAUCGGCCUCACGGUUGCAAAGCCGCCACGAAACAAAAAACCGACAUCACCACCGUGCCCGCGAAGAACGCACCACGCGACGAACACGACCUACGUGCCCUACCGCCCCAUACAACGAGGCGCCUGCACCUACGAUCCGCACGCCUGCGCCGCGCUCGAUGGCGUAGCGACGCCGCAGCCCAUCGCGGCGACGCGCCAGGACGCGCUGCCGGCCGCGUUCCCCGCCGUCGACGCGGCCGAGGUCGGCGCGAACCGCGCGUACGACUGGGCGUCGCGGGAGCAGCUCCGGCGCGGCUGCGUCGGCGACGGCGGCAACGCGGCGCGCUGGGCGGCCAUCGUGGCGCGCGCCGCCGCGAACAAGCGCGCGCUCGCGCGCGGCGACAGAGACGUCGAACCCGUGCGCGUGCUCGUCCUCGGAGGGUCCGUGACUCUUGGCACGCAUUGCGACGUCGCGCCGGGCAGCAUGCCCUCCGCGGCCUGCGCCUUCCCGCAGCGGCUCGCGACGCACCUCGACGCGGCCUACGGACCGGGCGCCGUCAAGGUUGCGGUCCGGGCCAUGUCGGGCACGGGCUCGGGGACGGCGUCGAAGAAUGGGCACAUCAUCGACGCGGCCGCGACGACGGACCUGCUGAUCCUCGACUACGCGAUCAACGACGCCAUCGUGGCCACGGCCAAGACCUACGACGUCGACGACGUCGCGGGCCUCCCGGAGGCCAAGGCCGUGCGCGCGUCGACGGAGAAGCUGCUCCGCGUCUUCACCAAGGCCGGCGCGCACGUCGCCGUCUUGUGCACCUUCUACGUGCCCCUGUCGCCCGCGUCCUGGACCCACUGGCUCGCGAGCGGCGCGCGGGGCCACGCGGCGCGGGACGGGUCGCCGACGUUCACCUUCGUCGCCUGCGCGACGGAGGACGAGCUGCGCCGCGCGAACCGGCUCCACUACGCGUACCAGGACAUCGUCGCGCCCGUCGCGCGGCGCUACGGCGCGUCGCUCGUGAGCUACCGCGACGCGUUCUGGCCCGACGUCGCGUCGCCGCCGCACGUCGCCUACUGGUACAACACGCGCGCGUAUCACGAGACGUGCGGUCGCUACGGCGGGCCCUUCCGCCAGGACCCGCACCCGACCUACGAGGACCACCAGCUCAUCGCGGACGUGCUCUGGUACCACUGGCUCCAGCACGCGGCGAUGGCCCACUGCGCGCGCGACGACGACGGCGCCGACGGGCCGGCCGAGCCCGAGCCGGAGCCGGAGGCGCCGGAGGAGGCGGCGCCGGCCGAUCCGUGCGGCGAGGUCCUCGCGUCCUUCGUCGCGGAGGGGAGCGACGCCGAGUUCCCCGCGGCACGCCGGGGCCGCGACUGGCGCUACUACGAGGACCGGCCGGCGAAGCCCGGCUGGAUCGGCCAGGCCCGGGAGCGGUUGGUCUUCCGCCUGCCCUGCGGCGACGGCCCGAUCCGGCUGACGAUCCUCCGGUCCUACGCGUCCGUGGGCAGCGCGCAGGUCCGCGUCUCGCCGCCGCGCGCGCCGGGCGCCGCACCGGCCGUCGACGUCGACGACGGCGCCGUGACCCUCGUCGACGCGGCCUGGGACCGCGGCGAGUCGACCUACGAGACCGUCGACGUCCCCGCGCCGGCGGCGCGCUGCGGCGCGGGCGCCGCGCGCGACGUCGAGCUCCGCGUGCUGCCCCGCGACGCAUCGCGCAAGCUCAAGUUCAAGCUCGUCGGCCUCGAGGCCUGCGCCGGGCUCGUAAACGCGACGACGUGA